CUAGCAUCAUGCUUCUCAAAUUAGUCUGGCUGUUUUUAUAUAUUCUUGUGAUUUAAACAUAUUUUUGCAUUUGUUUGCACAGUCAACAGCUGACGAAACAGAUUUUUACAAAGAAACAUGUUCGUGAUUUUUUCUAAACAAGCGCUAGCCAUAGGCCUACUUUGUUUGAUGUUUUCGGUCGUGAUUUCUAAGCCCAAAAAGAAGCAGAAGAAGCCGACAUGCACUGAGCGUGUUAAUAAAGCGGAGAUGAUGAUCAAAAGUCUACCAGUCCUCGAGGAGGAAUGUAAUGCAACCUUCAACUUGAACAAGAUACCACCUCCAGUUAACGUCAAUGCUGUGUGGACGACCUAUGUGAGGUGGGGAAGAACUGUAUGCCCUGACACCGCCGAGGUGUUUUACGAAGGUAUAGCCGGUGGUUCAGACCAUGCUCAUAGUGGAAGCGGAGCAAACUAUGUCUGUUUGCCGAAGAAACCCGAGUGGGGGAAAAUUGUUGCUGGUCUCGGCGGUACUAGCGCGUAUAUAUAUGGAGCCGAAUAUCAGUUAAGUGCAGGCCAUAGCAACCCAUUCCUCGCAACGAAUGCCCCAAAUUCUGAAAAUGCAGAAUCGCUUCACGACAAUGACGUACCGUGCGUAGUAUGCCAAGUCCCAAGGGGCGUUUCAAUGGUACCAGCCAGACACUCAUGCCCAACGGGUUGGACAUUGGAGUACAAAGGCUAUCUGGUGGCUGGUCAUUACAAUCAUCCCCGUAGCGGUAUUUUUGAAUGCAUGGACGAGGCACCCGAGACGAGACAAGGCGGUCAUGCAGACCAAAACGGUGCGCUUUUCUACUCUGUCCAAGCGGUAUGUGGAUCGCUGCCCUGUCCCGACUAUAUACAUGGCGCGGAGCUGACAUGUGCUGUCUGUUCUAAGUGA